GAGAAAAAAAUGUUUCAAAAUUGACAAUGAAAUAUUACACAGUGAUACAAUAAACCAUAAUAAUGUUAUGCAAAUAAUAGUUAUCCGUGUUUUACCUCAACAAUGAAAUAAGAAGGAUAACGUUAUGAGUGGGACGGGAAAAAAAGAAAAACAAGACGAGGAAGAUUGCUCUUGCUAUGCGGAGUCACACAGUAAAAAGACGUGCCCUCCGGUACACAACGUCACACAUCCCCUGCGCUACUAUGAGUUUACACAGGAAGAAAUAAAAGCUUUGGAGGAUUGCGACAAGGAGAGUUUCUACCAACGUUGCCUGCCUUUCAGUACAUUGUUCGCGACGCUAACGUACGCUGCGAUUCGCAAUGGUAAUUUGAGGCCGAACCCGAGGUUUGGUGCAUUCCCGAAGGUGACUCUGGCAGUGGUGAUGGGUUACUUCAUUGGCAAGCUGUCGUACCAGCAGGCAUGCGCUGAGAAACUGAUGGCUCUGCCUGGUAGUUACAUUGGACAGAUACUGCGGGAUAGGCGUGAUGGAAGACCAGGAAUAACACCACCACCAUCAAAUCAGUCAACAUCGAUGCUUGGUGCAAAUCCGAGUGACAUCUACUCUGAUGCUGGUCCCGGCAACUCUCUCGACCUAGACAUCGACCGUCCCCUGUUCAGCGAUAACACAUAUCGUCCUUAUACUGAAACACCUGUAACUCCUCCGGAGAGCGCUACGCCUCGUUCGUCCCUCUCAUACGAUGACUUGCGACGUAAAAAUCGCGGCGAAUACACCGACGCCAGGCAAGAUCCUUACAAGGUGAAUCCCAACUCCGCCCCACUGGUAACAAGACCGAAACAGCCGCCCCCCGAACCCGUCGUGACUGCCCCGACCAACAAAUAUGGCGACCAAAUGGAAUAAUCACUACACGGUAGCUGUCAAAUUUGUGUCAUACAAGAAAGGGGUUAUAGUCAAGCCGGGGUUAUAGAUUUUUAUUUUGUAAUCUGUCAACACAACAAUGAAGUGAAAUAAACAUCAGCAAUCAGAUUUGUUUAGGAUUACUUAGUUGCUUAGUGGAGAUUCUAAGUCUACACUAAGGGACUCGACUGAUCGCUUCACUUUGAUUGCAACAGUAUUAAAUGGUGAUACUUCAUAAUAACUUUUGUAUAAUUGAAGAUCAUGUAAAAAUUAAAACCAUGGUAUACAUAUAGAAUGAUAGACUGGAUUGGUACUCAGUAAAUGUGCUAAGAAUAAA